AUGACAUAUCUACCAUAUCGUUCACAAAUGCUUUCUUUGUUACGAUCAAACAUACCUCAUUAUGAAUUAGAAGGUGAUGGAUGUUCAACAAAAAUUAUUGUUAAUUCAAUUGCACGUUUUCGUCUUCGAUUGAAAUCACCAAUAAAUUCUCAUUAUAGUCCAACAGUUGAUUCGUUUUCUCUUUCAAUACUUGAUCCACAUGGUCAUACAAUAGUUGUUCAACGUCGUUUAUUAUCACCUGAUUUACUUGAAUUAACUUAUCAACCAAUGUCAAUUGGUGAACAUCAUUUAAUAAUAUUAUUUAAUAAUAAAAUUCAUCGUCAAUUAUCAAUUGAUGUUAUACAUGAUGAAUUAAAUCAUUUAUCAAAAUUAAAACCAUUUGGACCGGGUAUUAAACAUGCAAUUGCUGGUGUACCAACAGAAUUUUAUGUUGAUCUUAAUCAAACAGCAAAUCAUAAUAUACAUUUUCGUUUAGAACCAUCAUAUCAAGCUGAAAUUGAUUAUGAACAACAAAUGGCAACUGUACGUUUCACACCAUCAAAAGAAGGCAAAUGUCCUAUACAUAUACUUGAAAAUGAUAAAGAUAUACCGAAUUCACCAUUUAAUUCACGUGUAGAAAAAGGUUUAACAUUACGUGAUAAACCACGUAUACGAGUUGUUGGUUUACCAAAUCAAAUUAUGCUUCAUCGAACGGUUGAAUUUCAAGUCUUUAUUGACAAUCCAUUUGAUGAUUCCAAUAAUUUACUUUGUGUUGAUAUAUUAACGGAUGAUAAUAUUUCUCCGACUGUAUCAAUACGUCGCCGUCAUCGAUCAUCUUAUGUUUGUUCAUUUAUACCUGUUACAUUAGGUAAAUAUUUAAUAUCAAUUGAUUAUGCUGGUAUUGUUGCUGAACAUAAUCCAUUUUGUUGUUAUGUUAUACAAGAAAAAGAUAUAUUAUUAAAUGGUCCAGCUAUGAAUAAUCAAUGUUUAACAUUAAAUCAACCCACGCAUUUUUAUUUUGCGUUAAAAGAUUGUUUAACAACAAAUUUAAAUGAAAAAAAUUCCACAUAUGAAAGUGGUUAUAGUUCAAAUGAUGAUAUAUCAUCGAAAUCAUCUUUAUCAUCAUCAUCAACAGAUAUUCAAACAUCAGCCAAUGAUGAUGAAAAUAAUUAUCGUGUUACAAUUACUGAUGGACAAGGACAUAUUAAAUCAAAUGUUAAUGUUAAAGAAUUCUAUGAUACACAAAAUGAGAAUAAUAUACGUGUUGAUUUUACACCGGAUGAACAAAUUUUGUAUAUAAAUGUUUCUUGUGCUUGUUCUACUAUAUUUGAACCUCAAUCAACAUCAACACCAAGAAAAGUUAAUACAAAUUUAUGUUCUACACCACGACCGGCUCAUAUUCGAUGGUCUUUAUCAAAACAUACACCUUGUCCUGUUGACUCAUCGACACCAAAUAGAAAAAAAAUGAAAAAAAUUAUUGUUCCUGAUCUUCAACGUUUAAUUUAUUCAUCAACACAAUCUUCAUUUCAAAUUUGGGAGUUAUAA